UCGAAGUUUAGUCUCGCAUUCAAUACAACUAAGAGCACUGCGUGUGGACUGCAGUCGAAGUAUUUAAUAUGCUGCACCAUAUGCCGUAUGCAUUGUAAAAGCUCGGCAAGCGAUUGUGGAUAACAACACCAGCAAACAUGUCCCAACAGUCCACCAUUGAGCUGACGACGGAGCAGCUGCAAUUAAUGCUCGACUCGGUGCGUUCAGCUGCCGUUGCGGCAGCGAAUUGUGCCGCCCCAGCCACGGUGAAGAUGAGGGGCACAUUCAUGUAUUGCAAUAGUCGUCUGGGCGAUCAACACGACACCGCUUAUGUCGAGGAAUUUAUUCAAUCUGUGCUGGCUUACAAGGAUAUGGAAUCGAUCAGCGAUGAGGACGCACUUAAAAGCAUCGCCAUACUGUUUUACAGCGAGGCCGCCUUAUGGUGGAUGGGUGUGCGUGGUGCCAAAGAAGUACACACUUGGGACGAGGCAAUCGCAUUGAUUCGUCAGCACUUCGCACCUGCCAAGCAGCCUUAUGAACUCUACAUGGAGAUCUUUGAGGAGAAGCAAAAUGACAAGUUGGCCAUUGGUACAUUCGUCACAAAGUCACGUGCAUUACUGGCACAAUUGCCCGAGGGGCGACACGAUGAGGAGACCGAGUUGGACAUGGUUUAUAGUUUGUUGAAUAGUAAAUACCGACGUCAAAUAUUACGGCAGGACGUCAAAACUUUCCGUGAUUUACUCGAGAGAGGGAGAAUCGUUGAGCGUAAUUGUAGGGAGGCCGAAGUAAAGAAAGGAAACAGUCAGGCAGGAUCAGUUUGAAAAUUUCUAUCGAUAGGUUGCUUAAUUGUAUACAUCUCUUGCACUUGAAACACGAAGAUCGUGGAUGAGAUAAUGUAAUUUCUCGGAACAAAGACACCGGGGUAUUUAUAAGUUGUGAAGAUCCGAAGCUUAAGAGCUCACAAUAUGUCUUAUAUAGCUUCAUGCAAGAAAUUAGUUAAAGAUACAUACAAAUGUAAUACAUGAAAAUACAUAAAAUGAAUUAAGAGAUUUAUAUGUUAUUUGUUUAAUA